CACACUGCAUGUCUACUGUGAAAAAAAAGAUGACGAAGGGACGCAUCUGUUUUUCUUCUGCAAACUGAACCGGAUCCUUCGCCUUCUCUGGUUUCUGGCAUUUAAGCUAGACUUCCCUGAGAGAAACUAAUACAAGCUGAACUGAAUUACAACAAUCACAGGAAACAGGUGCAGUCCAGGUCAGUCUGAGCAUGCAGUCCUUGACCGAGGAGAUCCACAAUUUCUCUCGGACGCGGCUGAGGAAGCAGUGCACCCGUGUGACCUCACUGAGUGGCCGUCGCAUUAUCGAGACUUGGAAGGGUUCAACAAUCACUGUGGUCGAAGACCCCGCCCCCCCUUCAGAGAAGAUGCUGGGAUAUGUCCCUGACACUUCCUGGGACCUGCAGGUUGGCAUUGUCAAGCCCUUCCUUCUACUGGGUUCUCAGGAUGCUGCACAUGACUUUGGCACGCUGAGAAAACACAAGGUGUCUCACAUCCUGAAUGUGGCCUUUGGGGUGGAGAAUGUCUUCCCGGACCUGUUCAUCUAUAAGACUGUCAGUAUUCUGGAUCACCCCGACACCGAUCUCCUCCCUCACCUCCAGGAAUGCUGUGACUUCAUCCAGCAGGCUCAGACUGAGAAAGGCGUGGUGUUGGUCCACUGCAACGCUGGGGUGUCACGUGCACCCGCUGUGGUCACUGGCUACCUGAUGUCAUGCGAUGGCCAGUCUUUUGAUGCUGCCCUCUCAUUGGUCAAAUCAGCUCGGCCCACCUCCUCACCAAACCCCGGCUUCCUGGAACAACUGCGGAAUUACAAAACACCAGCAAUGAAUGGGUCCUGAAGUACAAAGACAAAAUGUUGCUUUAAUUAAAAUACUUUAGUAUAAAAAUAUAUUUGGGAUAAUUACAAUGUAUGGUCUGUUUUUUUUUAAGGAGAAGAGGGGUGGCUUAUACAGAGGUACCAUCCAAUUAAACUUAUAAACUCAUUAUUCAUCAAAAUUUCCAGCAUGUUUUCUCUCUUUCCUCUUCAUUGAGGCAUGAUUUACGUCUUUGUGUUUUAUUUUUGAGGGCGAUGUCUUUGUGCUUGAAUGCUGUCAUUUAGAUUUGUAUCUCUGGGGGAAAUUUAUUUUGACCCAUCCUUAUUAUUUCGGAGUGGUGGGCAGCCACAAACUCCAGAGUGUUAUUUCUAACCAGAAUUGAAAAUAAAUAGAUAAGCGAAUACAGAUGUCAAUGACUGAAACAGAAAUGCUUGUUGUAACUUUUUUGCAGUUAUGGCUUUGAAUAUGGAAGCAACAGUAACAAUUUUUUUUGUCAUACCUGUAGAAAACAAAACUGAACUAGAAUACAGGAAACUAAACCAAUUAACAGAGCACACAGCUGGGUACGAGGGAGAUUGCAGACAUAAAUACACACAAGGGCAAACGAGGGAACAAACCACAGGAGGGAACACAGCUGAACGUGAUCUAACUAACGAGACGGGGAAACGAAACUGAACGUGACGCACACUAGACAGAUGAUAACGGAAGCUGGGAGGCAAACACUCGGAAACAAGAUGGACAAGGGAGAUAACGGAAGGAGACAACGAGUGGGACGGGGAAACAGUUAAGGGACACGAGACAUAGAGAGAGAGGGAGAGAGACAUGAUGGGCUGGGGAAAUAUGGAUAAACAUGACAGACAGGAGAGACAUGGAAUGAACAUGAGGAAGGGGCAUAUGGGAACAGAAAAGGGAAACAAGACACAAGGACACCCACGUACAGAUAAACACAAACAUACAGAGAGGGACACAGAGGACAGAGACACACGAAUAUAUGAAACUCAAAACAGAUUAAACUUAAGACUACUAAUGAGCCUAAGACAUAAACAAUAAUACAAAAUCACACCAAAACACAAGAAGUUCAAAAUGCUGGGUCUAUUUUACAGGCUGGACUUGUAUGUGUAUUGCACUAAUAUUUAUAAAACUUUCACAGCUAAAAAAAC